UCACAAACCUUUUUGGUAGACCCCACCAAUGCCACGGUAAAGGCAAUGGGCCCGGAACAUUGGAAAUUCGAAGAAAAAUAUGAACCAAUGACGAACGUACUAGGAUUGGUAUCUUUCGCCAUCAUCUUUGGGAUUGCUCUCGGAAAACUCGGAGAAAAAGCUAAAAUCUUGCUUGAGUUUUUCGAUGCUCUAAGCGAGGCCAUGAUGAUCAUUACCAGUUGGGUGAUAUGGAUAUCACCUCUCGGAGUGUACUUCUUGGUAGCGGCCAAAGUUUUGGAAAUCGAAAGCUUUGCAGACUUAAUUGGAAGACUCGGAUUGUACUUCUUCACAGUGUUGCUGGGAUUGUUCUUGCACGGGUUUGGAACGUUGUCAAUUCUCUAUUUCAUAGGAGUGAGAAAAUUGCCGUUCAAAGUUAUAGCUCAACUCAGUCAGGUUUUGGUAACGGCAUUCGGAACAGCCUCAAGUUCAGCCACAAUGCCAAUUACGAUUCAGACUAUGGAUAGGAUGGGACUGGACCCAAGAGUGACGAGGUUUGUCAUACCCAUUGGUGCUACUAUCAAUAUGGAUGGUACCGCUCUCUAUGAAGCUGUUGCAGCUAUUUUCAUUGCUCAACUGAGGAACAUUCCACUAACUUUCGGAAAGACUGUGGCCGUUUGCGUGACUGCAACAGCGGCAAGUAUAGGAGCAGCAGGAAUUCCACAAGCUGGCCUCGUCACUAUGGUGAUGGUUCUCGACACCGUCGGUCUCCCUUCAGAGGAAGUAAUCAACAUCAUUGCUGUAGAUUGGCUCUUAGACCGAUUCAGAACAACAAUCAACGUGAUGUGCGACUGCCUGGGGGCAAGAAUGGUAGACCUACUGAGUGUUGGCGAAUUGGGAGCCCUCACCGAAGCUGACAAGCUGAACGCAGAACCCCAAGAACUGCUAGAAAUAUCUAAAGAAGUUGACAGUCGCAUGUGAAUACUAAAUCAGCUUUCUAGGGAAUUCACCUCGAAAUCAUCGUUUGAGAUUUCCAAAUUUCAAGGUUGAGGCCCAACAAAAAUGUUUUGUUGAACCAGGAAAAUGUAUACGUGCUAGUAAUAUUUUUAUCUAAACACUUGUGGAAACAUAACCUUCCGUUAUGUUUACCAGAUUUACAAAAUCCUCACUAUAUGUCCAUGUUCGAUUCGAUGUCAUAAUGAUGUUAUGUAUGUGACAAUAACAUUUGGAAUCAUAUCCAGAAAAACUGUGUCUUCAGUGUAUAUAUGUCAUACCAAAAUGUAUUAUUGAUUGUUAGGAGAUUUGAGAACACUACCAACUUAGGUAAAAUUCAAGGUUUUGUUAUUGGGAAUCCACAUAAAACUUUUCUUCAGGAAGUUUCUGAAUUCCCAUAUACUUAUUUCAAAACUUCAUAGAAUACAAAAACAUCACCUUAGUGGGAGUGUAUACUGUAGGAUACUCAAAUAUAGAUGUGUCAUAAUUUUCCUGCUCAAAAUAUUUGCUAAUAAAGGUACCAACUACGUCAACCAGAAAAAAUAUUUAUAUACAGCCUCAGUCGAUAAACAAUUUUAGUGUUAGUACUGAAUUUCUUCUUUCACAUAUAGUUACUAGAAACAAUUUAAUACCUUUAUAUUUUAUAUAAAAUUAUAUACUCGUUAAAUGUUUUAAGAUAUUUUCUAUGUAUUUAGGGACCAAAUCUUUAGUUUUAAGAUUUCACAACCCAUUGUUUUUUGUAUGAAUUAGACUAUUUUAGAAAUAAAACAUAUUUAUAUCAGUCUUCAUGACGAUAACUGCCGUAAGUUUAGUUCAUUACCAUUAUUAUUGCUGUUCAUCCUGGAAAGUGCCAUAUAGUUUUUAUUAUGUCGUUGUUACUAGGAAAAAAACGUAUAUGAAUUGUUAACCACUGAUGUUAUAAUUGUGAAGUGUUUGAAUGAAAUAAAUCCGAAUAAAUCUCA